CCUUCUGGGGCCAGUUUUUGGGAUUCUUUCCUCCAUACUAAAUAAAGUAUGUGGGAAAUGACCCCCAUAACUUUUUGGCUCAAGGGCGCGCGUGACCUCCUCGCGCUGACUCGUGUUGUCGCCAACGGACGUAUUUCUUAUCGCGCAAGUGCCUGCCCAAGUUUCGCGAUGCUCUCUAGUGUCGUCGUCGUUUCUUUUUUGACCACUUCGUUCGUCGUCACCCUUAUCGCGAGCUACCAAUGCGGGAGCAAUGAUGAGUUGCGCUCCGUGUGGAUUUCAAAUGUGUGGUGGGCUUGCGGCCUCUCACCCAACGUCGCGGUCUUUGCAUGGUGCGUUCACCAGCGACAUAUUUUCAGCAACGCCAUGCUGCAUCUCUGGUCGUGGCGAUAUGGAAUAUUGGCGGGUUCUACCGCGGUAUUGGGUAUCUACUCGAUUCCGCUGUACACAUGCCUACCAGAGACUCCUGCAGGGGCCAUUAGUGGCAUGGUGAGAGGCACGAUGUGGACCUUCGGUAAGGUGAUGCUGUAUAUCUUAUUCAUGGGUAAGGUACAACAGCUGGGCCACGCAUGGGCAGUCCAUAUAAUGAAAUGGUGCUUAUUCGGGGUUGCAUCUUCCUGGUCUAUUGCUAAUGUGUAUCACUUCAUGCCCAGCCACUUCGAGAGCAAUAUGUUCGGGAGGUCCAUGGAGAUGACCGGGCACGUCCUUCUCGUGAUCGUGAAUCUUGUCGGGCUGCGCGCCAUGGCGGCAAGCGCAGCGUUCGCGAUACGAUCCACCAGCAGGUCGCAGAGGCAUGCUGGUGCUUAUGUGGCGCUGACGGUUGUGGCUUUAGUCGGGUCAUUUACCAGCACGAUGGUGUGCGUAGUGUUCUAUUUCGAGUCGGAGCCGGAUACGCCCCGUUCAGAUUCAAGCGCCGCUGCGUUCGUGGAUGCCAUGAUGGAUUGUUUUGGUGUCGUCAUGUUUUCUGGGCUGGUCGGACCAGCUCGGCUACAGGUCCUGUCGCAAACAGCAUUCGCCGCGAUCAACGCUUUCAGCGACGACCAGCUGCAGGAUUUCUACCUCCAGUUCCUUGAUUAUCUAGACGAGGCGCAGAUCAAAUGGAUCAAGUGCGGCUACCUGCGUCGACUCUCCUCUGCUGGGUCCAUCGUGGUUCGGUGCCAAAACGUCCCACUGAACGAAGUGAUCAUCGGGAGCGCUGGGUUCCCAAUACUCCGGACCCAUAAGAAGAGCCGUUUCGUAGUGUCGUACCCAUGGUUGUCGAAGCAUCAUCCUGAUCCCGAUGGCAGUACGCUGCGAUGCCUCGUCGACCAGCUCGACGCCAUGGGCGCCGCCGACGAAGACGGCGUUUUCAUGGAUUAUUUGAGCAUGCCCCAGCACGACGGCGCAGAUGCCGAGUUACAGCGGUUGGAGGAGGAAAGCUCGUGGCCUGCGCCUGGUACGCAUCGGGCCGUGCGUUCAGCGGAAGAAGAUGCAAUAUUCAAUAAAGCUCUUGGUUCCAUGUCGAUGAUGUUCUCCACCAGCAGCGUGCCUGUCGUCGUGCUUCCCAUGGAAGGGCUUUCAGAGAGGGCAUACAUAGAUCGAGGGUGGUGCUACCUCGAGUUUUGCCUAGCGCUGAGCUUUGGUAUUAUCUGCAACGAGGAAAUUCAUGUCUCAGUGAAGAAGCUCUGCAAAAAGGCUUAUGUCCAGCAGGCGAACACGGUGGACGGGUUCAUGCAAUGCUUCGAAUCCAAAACAUUCACCUACAACGGCGACGCGGGUGUCGUCAUGAAUCUCUUUGAGAGCACGGUGAAUAGGAAGACCAGGCGUGACUGCCAGCUGGCAGUCUCCGACGGCAUUUAGUGAUGCAUGCGAAACGCGGGCGCUUUCAAGCACAUCCCACCUUCCUCCCUCCUCCCUCCCUCCUCCUUCCCUCCUCCCUCCCUCCUCUUCCUCUUCCUCCUCGUCUCCCUUCCUCUUCUCUCGGUGCACCGGGGCCCCCCCUCCCGCGGAAGCUGUCGCACCGCGGCAGUGGCCAGAGGAAUCAAGCUUUCCGCGCCCUGCGCUGUGUAGAUAAUAGACAGUAGUUCCCUGGGGCGCGGAAGUUGUGCAUUAUGACGCAGGCGUGAGAUGUUUAGAUUUUUGGAUGCACUUGUCAAGCGAGUGUUUCGUGGAUGCCCGACGCGGUGGAGCCUGGAACCCUUCGCAGCGGUUCCGCCACAGCGGUCGUGUUCAUGAUCUUCGGAGGUCGCUUGGUCGUGUGCAUUAUUUCUUUCGCCACGUUGCGUUGCGAUUCUGAUGUGCAUGUAGACCUCUGCUCCAGUCGGAGAGCCCGGGAUGGCCCCGAGAUGCACCCCACACGGCUCAAUUCGGAGUCGGGUUGCUCCUGGAGGAGGAGGAGGAG